AUGGAACGUUUAAGCACACCAGCAUGUUUGGUCAAAAUACUCAAGGAGUAUGAAAAAAGUACUGGUGCCCUCAUUCGCUUGCCCUUCAUUCAAAAGGUCUUGCAACAGCCCUUCUUCACCACUGACAUGCUCUACAAGCUUGUGAAGGAGUGUGAGGCAAUGCUGGACGGGCUUUUCCCUAAGUGUGAACCACCAGCUUCAACAGUGGUAGCUGAUGGGGAUGAUGAUCCUUCAACUUCUGACACUACCAAUAACAGCGGUCUGCUCAGAGUGCCAAAGGAACUUGCAGAGAUUGAGUAUAAGGAGAGCUUAUAUAUGAAGAGCACUAUAUCAGCACUACGGGUUUUGAAGGAAAUUCGGAGCGGAAGCUCAACUGUUGGCCCUUUGUCAUUGCCACCACUGCAAUAUAGUGCAAUUGAGGAAACAUGUAAUAAAGUUUCAGUUCUGGAACAAGUUGCCAAGUAG